AUGCAGACUCAUCAGUACUCUAAUUUCUCCUACUUAUCGUCGACAUGUCUGGAAGCUACUGAUGAACAACUACUUGACGACGAACACUCCAUUUCCCUCUCUCUUGGACCUCCUGGCCAACACCACCACCUUACUAAUAAUACUUAUUCCAAGCUCAUGAACCCCACUACUGCUACCACAUCCUCUUCAUCCAACGACGUCGUAUCUCUGCACCAUCAUCCUCAUCUUCUUCAUCACCACCAAAACCCUAACUCUGAUGUUGGCGUCACCGUCGCGCUUCAUAUCGGCCUUCCUGCCUCUAAUAAUAACGCUGCUGGAAGCUCUGGCAAACCCGACCCAUUAAUGAGUUCUUCUUCGGGUCAUGUUCCGGGUCAGUAUUGGAUUCCUUCUCCUUCUCAGAUCCUAAUCGGGCCCACCCAGUUCUCUUGCUCUGUCUGCAACAAGACCUUCAACCGUUUCAACAACAUGCAGAUGCAUAUGUGGGGACAUGGAUCGCAGUAUAGGAAAGGCCCAGAAUCUCUGAGAGGGGCCAGGCCAGCGUCUUCGAUUCUGAGACUUCCAUGUUAUUGUUGCGCCGAAGGUUGCCGGAACAACAUCCAGCAUCCGAGGUCGAGGCCAUUGAAGGAUUUCAGAACCCUUCAGACACACUACAAGCGGAAGCACGGAGCGAAGCCGUUCGGCUGCCGGAAGUGCGGCAAGGCGUUCGCCGUGAGAGGGGAUUGGAGGACUCACGAGAAGAACUGCGGCAGGCUCUGGUUCUGUAUCUGUGGCUCCGAUUUCAAGCACAAGAGAUCCCUCAAAGACCAUGUACGGGCCUUCGGCGACGGCCACGCUGCUCACACCGUCGACAGCCGCGAUCACCACCACCAAGAAGAAGUCGACGACGAAGACGAAGACGAGGAAGAAGACGAUGAUAAUAACAGUGACGUGUUCAAGAGAGAGAGAGAGGAGAAGGAGACAAACAAUGAAAUGAAAGGGAGAAUUUGUAUCAAGUCUUAA